AAAGAGAGAGAGAGAGAGAGAGAGAGAGAGAGAGAGAGAGUGGCAGAACAUGGCGCGGGUCGCUGUUGUUGGGUGAGCAGGCAUCAGUGUUUGGGAGGUCUCUCACACCGGGGCCUUGGCUUGGCUGCCUUAGCCCCUGCACGUGCAAAAUAUAGGUGAAUCAGUGCUCUGGUCUGUCUGUUCGUUGUGUAGUGCCCCAGUGCCUAGCUUUGUAGUGCUUCUGUACCACCGUGAAAGCAGGAAAAGUUGCCAAAAAAGUAAACAACCGAUCCCUCCAUACCGAUAAACGCCAGAGAAAUGUCAGGACGAGCUAACCAGUGUGACACACACUAGUCUCAACGCCCUCAUCAAGUAGGCUACUGGAAAUGUCGAACUCCCGAUACAAACAGUCUGGAGUUUUCCUCUGUUGAAACGUAAAAGAGAGCCCACAGUCAUCAAGGUGAGGCUGUAAAACUAAGCGGGACGGCCCGCCCGCUGCCAAGACGUGACGCCUGCACCCCUGCACAUCACUCACACAUCCCUAGCCCACCCCCACAUUCCUUUUAUCAAUGGCCACCACAAGUAACCCAAGCAGCUGUGCCACUAGCAGCACCGGCAGCUACGGCAUCCCCAUACCUGACAGUGCGGACUCUAGCAAACGAAGUCUGUCAGAUGCGGGGCGGCAACGGCUGUCUAGCUUCCCGUCCCGGCAGCGGCGGAUGGGCCCCGCGCCCCUCGCCUCCUUUGAGGAUCUCAGCAUGGACAAGACUACGUCAGACUCCAGCCCUGAGGAGCGCAAUAAUACUUUGCCAGAUAUUGGCGAAGAGACUUCCACAGCUACUACACCUAUCACGCCUGUAGCUAAAACGGAGCUCAGCGUGCCAGCAUCCCCGAGGAUACGUGUAUCAGCUGCAUCAUCGUCUUCACCACACGAAACUGAUUCUAAAGAAUCAACCCCAGAAAAGGAUUUAAUAUCUGGUUAUGCAAAAUCUGCUUACUUUGAAGACAUGGCAGCAGAUUUACAUUCCAGUACAGAAGAGUUGGAUGCAGAUGAGGAGGAAAAAAACAGAAAAAGAAGAGAAAGAGCAUGUAAAUUAGCAGAGAUAGAACGAAGAGAAGAAGCACUACGUGUAUCAGAACUGAAUAGAAAAGGUUCUUCCUCAUCAGUUAUUAGUGAUGGCCUUCUACCUGUUACUAGUGGUCACUCCAGUAGAUUAUCUUCGUUAGGUUCCAUUGGUUCGCCAAGAAGGUCUCCAUCUCCACAUCGAAUGCUACUAGAAACCUCUUUUUGUGGAAAUCGUCCGAUACAACAGCCCAGCAUCGAUUUGGAGGACCCACCAGUUACUACAACAAAAAUAAUGAAUUUCACUAUUGAUAAGAUAGAAAGAGUUAAGUCACCAAUGGAAGCAAAGCCUCCAGAUAUAUUCCGUUCAUCACCUGCAACUCUGCCAAGAGUAAAGCAAGAUGGUAUGUCAUUUGUAGGGGUAUCAACUGUAGAAGCAGAAAUUUUGCCUGUUAAAACACACACCAUAGGUGUCAUUAGUGAUACCAGGCUGCCAAGAGAUAAAGAGGCAUUACAUACCAGAAAGGAGAAACAUGCUGAAGUAAAGGAACUACCCAUCACCACUGCCAUUUCUCCCUCCUUUACUGAGCAACAAUCAACACACCCACCAAAAUCUCCCAGACAAAAUGAAUCUGAACAGCAGCAUCGUCAGCCACUUUCAUCCCAGUCAUCACCUAGGUCUCCAAGAAUGCCAAAAAAAGUACCUGUGCCUCAAGUUCCAGACCUAAAAGACCUCCCAAAAGCUUCACCAUCGCCAACAACUACAACACCAGAUCACCAUGGAGCACGCACUACCUCUACUACUCCAUCUGCAUCUCCACGAGCAUCAAGGAGGCGAAGAACAAGAGAUGAGGUGGAAAGUGCUUCAUCAUCACCUUCUGUGUCAAGAAAAAGUUCUUUUACAAACCUGUUCCGUAAAUCUGAUAAUCUUAUGAGUCCUGUCACUCCAGAUUCUCCAGGUUCAAGCGGUCGAAAGAGUCCAUUUAGUCAGUUCAUUAAGUCAGCUAAGAAAGAAUUUAGAUCAAGAAGUCGGUCUCGAAGCCGGAGUAAGAGCAGAGAAAGAGAUUUAGAUGAUGAUACACACGACAGAAGAAGCGUUCUUUCAAUUUUUAAACCUAAAUCUAAAAAACAGAAAGACUCUGAGAAGAGCAAAGGAAGUGAGAAAGGUUCUACAUCUUCUGAAACCAAAGUUAAUGAGGCCAUCACCAAUGUAGAAUUUACCUUCAAUGAUGAUGGAAAGUACCAGUCUUCAACAUUUGGACUAAUCAGACAGGAAAGUGAAUUGAACCGAGCAAUUAAAGAACCACUGAGAGGCACUAGAACACCAGGAAGUGAAAGUGAAACACAGCAGCAACAGACUGAAUCUAUGAUUCAGUCAAGGGACAGCUCCUAUAAUGAACUUUCCUCAAUCAUGAACUCAGCUGAAAGUAAAAAAGAAAAAAUCCCAGCAGAUGAGUCCAAAAUAAUUGCUGAUAAUGAAAAGAGACAAACGCUAGAAGAUGAUGUAUUUGAUAAGCCUAGUCAGUCUCCAGUGCCACAAAGUGUUCAACCUGAGAAAAAAGAAAGGGAACCAGAUGUAGAUAAAAUAGACAAGCCUACUUUACCGCCCAAACAGAAAGAACGCACAAGUGAUGCUGAUGCAGUAUCAGAACUUUCAGCACUUGAUCCCAAUGCUGAUGCUGACUCUCGUUCUGAAUCAGAGCGAGAUUCAGAAAUUGAUUACCUAAAGACAAAAGAGAAAAUCCAGCAAAAGGGACCUGGAGCAAUUGAGUCUCCAGAAAUUGAAAACAAAGGCCUCGUUUCUCAGGACUCAGCAGAAGAAGGAGAAUUACCUUAUGUACCAACAAGCUUACCAUUUGAGCGACCCCUAGCAGCUCCUAUGGUUCCAGUGAAAGAGCGGCACCCUGAGAUGCGGCAUACUCAAUCCAUCGAUAGGCCUCGUAGCACGACACCAAUGACUCCAGGUCGCCUAGAGGAGUACAAACAGGUUGCCCCCACUCCUGAUUCAGACAGUGACAAAAUGAUGAUUAAUAUUCCUCAGACUGGUCCAGUCAAAGUGCUGCCUACAAAGAGUCCGAAAAGACAAGCUUCAAAGAGUUGGGAGGAUUUUUGCCAAGAAGGUCUAAGAAGCCCAAGACAGUUAAGAAAACAAUAUAGAGAAAACAGUUUAAAGAGUCAAGAUGAUGAUGACAAGCCUCCGCCUUUACCUCCUAAAUCUCGGUCACCUGCCAGGUCUCCUGUAGCACCACCACCAGCGCCACCAACACCACCAGCACAGACAGGUGUACAAGAACCAGUAGUAAAGUCCUGGAUAAACUUUGAUGAAUUACCAGAUGUGGUCCUAAAGCCAGUCCGUCAAAUUAAAACUGCCCCCACUAGACAUCAGAGCCAGCACAGAAGUCAAGAACAACGAAGACCCCAAAGUGACCAAGAUUCUAGGUUUGUACAAGAGGAACAAAAACUUCAGAAGGAGAUAGUGCAUUUACAUGAGGGUCCUCCAGUUCGGAAACAUCCACCUCCAUUAUCCGCUACCAUCAAUCACGAUGCUGCUCAAGAUUCUGAUGGUGGCCAGGCUCAUUCAGAAGUUUCAACACCUGACAAAGCUGAUAGUUUUGAUCAUUCCUCUGAUAGUGACAAACCAACCAGCCCCUCUUCAAGUGAGGACCUAACUACAGUAAGAGAGAAACUUGAGGAAAUAAAGAAGGAGGGCAAAACAGGAGAUGAUUACGAGAAUUCUGACCUUGAAAGACUACUGGCCCCUGUGAAUGAUUGCAUCAAUCGUCUGUCCUCUUUAUCUUCCGAACCAGGGAUGCUAGAACGCAAAUCACCCAUUCCAGACAAUUGGGCUGACUUCUUGCUCCCACCUCAACCUGGAAGAAGGAGUCGGCUGUCUUCUUUGGGCUCAGAAACAGGAUCAAUCGCUGGCGGCACUGGCCGGUCACCAUCGCCAUCUUGUAUGUUAUUAGAGACGUCCUUCUGUGGGUCAGCACCGAUUGAUGAUCCUGCAGCAGCCGAGCCCGAUGUCCCCAUUGCCGUCGCUAGGAAAUUAAGUGGGAUAUCACUUGGCGACUUUAGUACCUUCACUACCCGGGACCCUCUCCAUUCCCCAAACCACCUCCCCUGCCCCGACAGAACCUCUAUAUUAAGUGAUUCUUCAGCUGAGGGAGGUUCCCCUAGAGAGGCCGACUAUUAUAGUAGACACCAUCACGAAUCACACAGAGGGCACUCGGGCCACCAGCAGCUCAAUCCGUUCGGGAUGGACCUAGGCGUCAGGAGCAACAGGAGUUCAGUCGUCUCUCAAGACCAGAGCCCACCGGAGAGUCCGAAUUUCGCCUCUUAUCACCACUCCCAUUAGAAUCACUCCCCUCCCCAUAAGCCCUCAACUCCCGGCCCAUUAGUAUCAACUGGCCCAUUAGACUCAACAAGCCCGAUUCCUCUGUCCCAGCCCACUCCGAAAUCUUCUCCUCCUCCUCC